AUGUUACACCCGCUGAAAGAAGUUUCCUCCAAUCCCAGCCGCUCCAACCUUCUGCAGCGUCCAAGUCUUCAUCUGUGGGUCCAGAGCCUCCCCCCUCCUCACCCCUCCUCACCCCUCGCUCUGAAGCCGCCGUCUAAGUCCCUGUCACCCAUCAGUGUCAGAGCUGUCCCCUCUGUGAGCGACAUCCCUCCCUUCUCCCCUAAACUGCUGCUGUCAGUCCGUCCGCUGCUCUCGCCGAGUAAAACCGAGCUUCUUCCAAUUCAUUUGUUUGUUUUGUAG